CGGUUCCGCCCCGUCCCCGCCCGCAGCCGCCGCCAUGGAGGACGCGCUGAAGCGAGCGCUCGGCACCGCGGUGCUGCGGCCGACCGGGCACACGGGGGGCGGCUGCAUCAGCCAGGGCCAGAGCUACGACACGGACCGCGGCCGGGUGUUCGUGAAGAGCAACUCUCGGUCGGAGGCCAGAAGAAUGUUUGAGGGAGAAAUGGCAAGCCUGGAAGCCAUCCUGAAGACACAGACGAUAAAAGUGCCCAAACCCAUCAAAAUUGUAGACCUGCCUGGGGGCAGCACUGCGUUUGUGAUGGAACAUUUGGAAAUGAGGGGCUUAAACAGACAUUCAGCACUGCUUGGAACUCAGCUGGCUGAUCUUCACCUUCAUAACCAGAAACUUGGAGAGAAGCUGAAGAAAGAAGGGAACACAGUUGGUAAAGGACAAGGGGAAACAGAAGUUCAGUUUGUGGAUCAGUUUGGCUUCCAUACAGUUACCUGCUGUGGUUAUCUCCCACAGGUGAACGACUGGCAGAGUGACUGGGUGACCUUCUUUGCCAGACAGAGGAUCCAGCCCCAGAUGGACAUGGUUGAAAAGAAAUCGGGUGACAGAGAGGCAAGAGAGCUUUGGGCACAGCUGCAGCUGAAGAUACCCAGUUUGUUCUCUGAUGUGGAAAUCAUUCCUGCUCUCCUGCAUGGGGAUCUCUGGGGAGGAAAUGUAGCUGAGGAUGAUUCUGGUCCGAUUAUCUUUGAUCCAGCUUCUUUCUAUGGCCAUUCAGAGUAUGAGCUUGCAAUAGCUGGCAUGUUUGGUGGCUUCAGCAGUUCUUUUUAUUCUGCUUAUCACAGUAAAAUUCCCAAAGCUGCAGGGUUUGAGAAACGCCUGAAGCUUUAUCAGCUGUUCCACUACAUGAACCACUGGAACCAUUUUGGUUCAGGGUACAGAGGGUCUUCUUUAAACAUUAUGAGAAACCUUGUAAAGUAAGUUGCUGCUUAAACCAAAUACUUCCCGUGUUGUUUGGACAGCCCCAUACUUGGUGGUGCAGCUGCAGGAGUAGUAAUGUUAAAAACAACCUGUGAGACCCUUGACCUUGUAAAAGACCUAGAACCAGUGACUCCUGCUGAAUACCAGGUGUGAAAUAGUCAUCCCUUUUUAGGACAGCUAGGGAUAACUCCACGAGGGAAAAAGCUGACUAAGGGGUUUAUUCAUUUGCACAGUGAAUAAAGGUCUCGGUGUCCAGAAAGCAUGUGAGACUAUGCAGGGUAAUACAAAAUACAAACACCAAGGAGAUGCCUAAAAGAAGUUACUCGCUGCAUUUUGCUGUGUCUUCCUCCCUCUUUCAGCUCUUCACGUCCAGCUGCGUGCAUGAGAGCAAAUCAUAGCAACAGAGCUUGAAAGUCAACAGGAAAAUUAUGUAACAGGAACUGCGAGAAGGGAUUUGGGCUUGCUGUUAAUUCUCCCAGAAUCAGAGUGGGUGAGGUUGGGGGUGGAUCACAGAAUGUCAUCUUGUCCAACCUCCCUGCCUAAGCAGAUUACUCAGGAUUGGGUCCAGAGGCUUUUAAGGACUUUUGGAGUUUUGCUGAUUGAUUCCAUUGGAUGCAGACUGUUGGUGCCUCCUGGAAUGCUUGUAGGCUGCUCUGUGCUUUCUGGUCAGUGGGCUUUUAUCCACAGCAAUUUUGCUCCCACCAGAACUAGUUCUCUUCCUUUUUUGGAUUAUGCUUUUGUCCAAUAGUGUGCAUUCUUAAAGAAUUUUCCAGCUAGGACACUCUUCAUGUACAUACCUUGUGGAAGGUGUAUUCUCUAAUGAAAUCAAACCUGUACAUGCUUCACAUGUAUGACUAAAGUAAUUCAAAAAACGUGAAAGGAAAAAAGAAAACAAAAAUAAAAGGGGAAGGAGGUCGGGGGAGACUCCUGGGAUAGCUCACAGGCUGUAACCCUCUGCUUCUCCAUAGGAAUACCUGUCAGGUAAUUUUAUUCCAAGGGGAUACUACUGCUUGUGCUUCCUGUGUGUUUAUCAACAAUAGUUUAUCAACCUUAUUCUGGCACAAGGAUCAGUAAACCACAGUGUUUAUGUCGCUGGCACCACGAAUGUGCCCGGUGUGAAGGCUGCACAAUCUGUACACCUGUGAGAGUUCUAAUGCAGACUUUGAGUGUCACACUAAAAUAUUCUGUGUAGAGGUCUCCCAGGGCCUCAGACACACCAGGAAGGGGAAGAUGUAGACAUGUGUGGAUAACCUGGAAAGCAAGGGGGUCUUCCUUUCCUCAACUCUCACAUGACAGUCCCCACUAAGUGCAUGCUGGAGCUGUUGUGGUAAAAGACAAGAAACCAAGGGAAGGUGUAACUCACAGAGCAGCACUUCAGUGUCAGAAGUCCUUGAUGAUAGCUCCACAGACUGUGGCUUUUGCCUGCAAGGAGUUAAUACUGAAAUUGUGCUCUUUUUGGUGUAGGCUGGUAGUGGUGCUUCUGUGCAAGCAUACCAGGUAGGUGAGAGAUGCAUGAUUCUAAAUGCACUUUGAGUGUUGGGGAAUGACUUUUAUUAACUAAAACUGCUUUGCACUGGAUAUUGGCAGAUUACUGAGGGUUUUCUAGUUGCUAGUUUGGCUGUAACUUACACAGAUUGGAAACAAAUUUAGAGAAGACUGGUAUUGGUUACAACUUCCUUAAUUCUACUGCUUUUCUCACUGGCUGUUUGAUUUGCUGCAGAAAAUCUGCUUGGUAUAAUAGGUUUUACUUUUACCUUGUUGCCUGAAUAAAAGGUUUCCCAGUUGA